AUGAAUAACAAUUUCAACAUAAAUGUCCAUGUCGACGCUGCUUUCCUGAGUGAACAUGAGGGUGAAGUGAAUGGUUAUUUUGCAAAAUUAUACACGGGGGAAAUUACAGUAAAUACAAUGAUAGAUAUUAUGAAAAGUUUAUCAUAUUCCCCCAAAGGAUCCAAAAAUAAUGAGGUAUAUAAAUCAAUGUUAUUAAUUUUAUUCAAUGAAUGUAGAUUUUUCCCAAAAUAUCCUUCAGAAGAAUUGGAUACUACUGCACAGCUGUUUGGAAAAUUAAUAAAACAUAAUUUAUUAUUAUCCUAUGGUAAUACUUUGGCUGUUGCUUUGAAAUGUAUUCUGGAAGCUUUAAAAAAAGGAAAUGAUUCAAAAAUGUUUAACUUUGGAAUCACAGCAUUGGAACAGUUUGAGGACACAUUAAUAUGCUAUCCCAGUUUUUUAUCUUCCCUAGUAUCAGUCCCCAGUUUAAGACAGUACAAUCCGCAAUACGUAAUUAAUUGCAAUAAUUUGUUAAAUACACUUCCAGAGCAUUUUAGAAGUUUACCAUACAUAGAUGCAUCUACAAUAUUAAAAAUAAAACAUCUUUCAGAAAUGGGUUCAAACAAUAACUCAUGGAACAACAAUAUAUCCCCAAUGUCUAGUGACGAGAUGAAAAAGACGCCUGCACUCAAUGCAAAUAAUGUGAAGAAUGUAAAUAAUUUAAUUUACAAUAUAGGUAGUAUCACUUCCAGUGCUGGAAUUUCUGACAAUGCAAAUGUGAGCAAUAAUCUCAUCGGGACCAGCAGUUCCAACAGUAACAACAAUAAUAACACUUUUUCCAGCGCCCUAAGCAGUCUUCUGAAAAAUACUAAUACUAACAAUAAAACAGGUGGAAAUAGUGGUAACAUAAAUAAUGAUAAUAUGCUAUCCUAUAUUAAUGACAUAUUACCAAAUAACUCAGGCUUAACGCAAUCGCCUAAUCAAUACAAUAAUCAGCAUCAUAUCCUAAGUAAAAGUGAUUAUACUUUCAAAAACAAAAAUAUAGACGAUAGCAUAAACAAUAACUUGAAUGCAAAAAUAAGCAACUUUAACCCAUCAGUUAAUAACCAGAAUAGUACUUCCAAUGUGAAUAUGCUAAAUGGUGAUAAGUCAAACAAUACCUUUGGUAUCACGAAUCAGUUGUAUACUAACCGAUCGUAUGCCUCCCCAAAUGAUAAAAAUCAAAUUAACCGAAUUCUAACUACACAAGGAAAUACACUCAACCUUGGUAAUAGAUACGUUGCAAAUUCUGUUAAUAUCUCUAGCCUUAAUGAACAUAUAGGUGAAACUAGCUUAAAUUGUAUUGUCGAUGGUUCCAAAUAUGCCACCACGCCUGAAGGCGUCAAAUGUGUGAAUAAUAACAAGAGUGCUGAUAAAGAUGAUAAGGAUAAUGAUAAUGGAGGCAGUGAUAAUAACAACACUAGUAACAGUAUCAGUAACAACAACAACAGCAGCAACAACAACAGCAGCAGCAACAACAGCAGCAGCAACAACAACAGCAGCAGCAACAAGAGCGGAAGUAAUAACAACAUCGGCAGUAACAAUAAAAACAGUAGUAGAGAGAAAGGGGAACCAUUGUACGAAGUUAUGGAAUCAUUCUAUGACAGAGUACAGGUGAAGUUACCACCGAAUUUAAAUAUAAACAACAUGGGGGGAUUUGGAUUAGGUCAAAUUGAAUGCUUAAUGGAUCACACCGAUUUAACAAAAAAUGUUAUUGUACCUUCUUCAAUAAUAAUAGGAGAAGUAUUUAGUAUAUUUAACACCCUAUGUUCAUUCAAUAUUGAUGAAAAAAUAAAAAUUUUAAAAGAGGUGAUGCAACCAGAGUAUUACAAUUGGCUAGCUUUUUACAUUGUAAAAUCCAGAGCCUCGAAGGAAGUAAACCUACAUGAAGUAUUCCUUGAGUUUAUUGAUAAACUAAGUUAUCCAAUGCUUAUUGAUACAAUUAUUAAUAUGACGUAUGACUGCAUCCUAAUAUUAUUUAAAUAUAUAAAUGAACUGAAAGAAGUUAGCGCUUUUAAAACAGUACUGAAAAAUUUAGGUUCUUGGUUAGGAUUCAUAACCUUAGGGAGAAAUAGACCACUAAAAUCAAAAAUUUUAGAUUUAAAAUUAGUUUUAUUCGAAGCAUAUGAAAAAGGAUGCUUAGUUUGCAUAUUACCAAUGGUAUGCAGAAUUUUAGAAUCUAUAAAAUUGUCCAAAAAUUUUAAACCACCAAAUCCGUGGACAACAACUAUGUUAUGCUUAUUAACAGAAAUACAUGAAUUACCAAAUGUGAAAACGUAUACAAUAUUUGAAGUAGAAAUUCUAUUCAAAAAUUUGGCAUUAGAUAUACAUGCAUUUCAGAAUAAAACUACUCUACUCAGCAAGCGUAGUGCUGCACAAAAUAGGAAAAAUAAUUUGCUCGUGUCAAAAGGUGGCAGUACUAACAUCAUUAAUAACACAAUUUUUCCUUCAGUUGGGGGCGAUCUAAAAAAUGUUUCUCCAAGGGAUACCUUAACAAAUGUUAAUAAUAAUCUUAUAAGUAAAACAGAAAACUCCCUCAAUGAGAAGUCCAAGUUGGGGGACUUAGAAAAUGUAAUAAGAAUUGCAGCAAUGAAUAAAACAAGUAGUGCUGCAAAAGGUGCCGCGAAUAAUGCAGCGAAUAAUGCCGCGAAUUAUGCCGCUAAUAAUGCCGCGAAUAAUGCAGCGAAUAAUGCCGCGAAUAAUGCAGCAAAUAAUGCCGCGAAUAAUGCAGCGAAUAAUGCAGCUCAGAUUGCAAGACCAAGCAACAGAUAUACCCCAGAUAAAGCUCAAUACAUGAGCAGUAACAAUAACCAGCAAAACAUUAAUUCAGAUAAUGCUGAAUCCGAAUGGAACAAGCAUGGUGCAGAAAGGAUUGAUGCCCUAACGAAUGACACCACGUUAGUUUCUUCCUUUUCCCCACCAGAUUUUAAUUUUAUUAAUUCGAAUUAUCGCAAAAAGAUUUCCAAUAAUUUAAAUCAAAAUCCAAACACUAUGGACGAACAACAGCCUACCCCAAAUCUGAGCUAUGCCAAUAAUGGCAACUGCUUGGGUAAAGCCAAUUAUUAUGGCAGAGGAGGUACUGAUUACAGUGGUAACAACAGUGUCAACUAUUAUGAUAGUAAUAGCAACAUAAACAUUCCAGAUAUAUCGAUUGACAGCAAUUUAAUUAAUGAGAAAAUAAAUAACAGUAAAUUUUUACAAAGCUUGAACAAUGCAGUUAUUAUAUCCCCAUCAAUAGCUCUAUUUCAAAUUCAACCCAGUUUAAAAAGUUUAGUCACUAUAGCUUUUUACCAGGCUAUUAAAGAAAUUAUUGCAGCCAUAUUAGAAAGAUCAGUAGCUAUAUCUUGUGUCACCACGAGAGAAAUUAUAUGCAAAGAUUUUUGUUUAGAAAAAGAUGAAAUGUUAAUUCGUAAAGCAGCCCACAUUAUGAUUGCUUCGCUAGCUGGUUCUUUAGCCUUAGCUACCUGUAAAGAACCUCUACGCAUUUCUCUCACUCAACAUUUAAGGCAUUGGUUAGAAAAAACAAGUACAAAGGAUUGUAAUGACCAAGUUUUAAUUGAACAAGUAGUUCAAAUUCUAAGUGCAGAUAAUUUAGAAUUUGGUUGUAGUUUAAUUGAACAGGCAGUUAUUGAAAAAGCUAUCAAAGAUAUAAAUGAAGCAUUAGAACCAUUCCUUUUAGCUAGACAAGUAGCUAAAGAAAAUAGCAUAACACUUAAGGAACCCACACAUCUAAUAAACACCAAAAAAAUUCAGUUAGAAAUUUCGCAAUACUUAAACUUAGGAUCACCCGUAACUAACAAUCAGUUGCAAAUUUAUAAAGAUUUUUUAAAUAUAGCACCACUAAAAAAAUUACAUGCAGCUGCCAAAGCAUUAACACGAAUAUACAAAAACAUUAAUGAAGUCAAUGCAGAUAAUCAUCAGCAAAGUACCCUCAUGCAUGCUCUAUUUUCAAGUUCAAAUUUACAAAAAAAAGAAGAAAAAAUCGGUCAUUCGAAAAAUAUGAACGAACAAAAAUUAACAAAUAAUGAGCAGCAAAAUGGCACGCCAAAAAAUGACACAGACAGAGAAGCAAACCAAAAAACGAGCCCAGAAUGUAGCCAAAAUAAUAGUAUAAAAAAUCUGCCGAAUGUGAGCCACACGAAAGGUAACCUGAAUGAAAAUAAUAAUAGUAUCAAUAAUAGUAUCAAUAAUAGUAACUAUAGUAAUAGUAACAAUAAUAGUAACAAUAGUAAUAGUAACAAUAGUAAUAGUAACAAUAAUAGUAAUAAACAGCAUCAUCAAUCGGGUUCUGCAUCCUCGGUUUCGCUAGGAUCCAAUUCACAGCUACAUAAAGUGCUAAAAAAGUUGGAACAUGCAACCAGCCAACUGAAAGACGCCAUUAAGGACAUUCUCAUAUUGCCUCCAAUACUGUUUAACAUAAAUAAAGAAAAAUCUCAUGAUAAUGUAAAUAAAAUUAGCCUGCACAUUUUAUAUAGCCUGUCUGUUGAUGGAAGCAUAUUUAACCUAAUAAAAUCCAUACCCGAAAUUGCUGCCCUGACACAACAUAAAAAUGAAACCAUAAUAUCAUAUUCAAACAAAAUUUAUAAAUUUCUUUUUGAUAUUAUUCCUCAUAACAGUAACAAAUCACAAUGGAUUUAUAAAGCCAAUGAUCCAUCUGGAAUAUAUUUUGAAGUAUUUCUAUGCAUACUAGAAAAACUAAAAAGGAAAUGCCCCUCAUUAAAAGAACAUAUAACGAAUUAUAUAACGUCAGAUGAUAUUUCAUUCCUCUCAAAUGAUAAUUCAUCAAGUUAUAACAAAUCCAUUUUUGCCACUUCUAACUCCGUCAUCAAGGAGAGAGAAUCUGAUGAUAUAAGCAAAGCGGGAAGUGAAAUUUCUUCCCUCAAUUAUAGCAAUUUAAAUCGAGAUGACAUUCAAAAUAAAAAUGAAUCCGAUGGAAAGUAUAUCAAUAAAAAUUUGCAUAAACACAAUGCUAAUGUAAUAGCAGGUUUUAUUAGAUAUAAUCUAGUUGAUAUGGAGAAAUAUAAACAUUACAUGGAAAGGGAACUGAACAACGAAAUGUAUUUAACUGCCAAUGUUGAGUUUGUUGUAUCAUUGCUAAAAAAAAUUUUAAUUGAUUUUCAAAUUUUUAGAUACAGCUAUUUUGAUAAUAUUUUUACAAUUCUAAAUACUCUAAAAGAGAAGAAUAUUCUCAGGAAUCAUGUUAUUUUUUCAAUAAAUUCCCCAGCAGUUAACAUAAAUUUGGCUAUCCAAUUGUUAACUGAACAGGCUAAACAAAUUCAAGAAAAAAGAGGUAGCGUCAUUUUUUCUGAUUUAUCACAUUUUUGUGAAGAAUAUUUAAAAAGUGAUGAUGAGGAGUAUGACGAAGAAGAUAAUGAUGAUCAAGCAGAAACCGAUGAUGAUGCACAAAGAGGAAAGAACAAAAAUCACGUAAUGAUGCAAAUGAUUCUGAGCAGAAAUGAUAUACAUACUGAGGGAAAAGAAGGGCAGAGGGAGGAGGGACAGCUAAGUGGGAAAGACGUGCAAAAUAGCAAAAAUUUGCAAAAGAUUCAUGAGGAAGCCAAGUUAAAAGAUAAGGAGACAGAAGAAGCAAAUGAAAAAAAGAAAAGCGAAAGAGAAAGAGGAAGAGAAACCAAUGAAGAAGAAGAAGAAGAAGAAGAAGAAGAAAGUACCUAUCAAUCAAAAUACAUAGGAAUAAAUAACACUUCUUCCCAUAUGAAUGAUAUAAAAAAAAGUGAAUUAUUAAAGAACCCCCUGGAAUAUUUUAAAAGGGAGUAUAACCAUUUAAGUGAUGAUCUUUUAAGUUCGCUAAAUGAGGAACAGAGUUUUCAUAAAAUCCAAGACGAAUUGAAAGGUGUAGACAAUUUUGGCCUCAUAGAUAGAGAAGGAGCCAAAGAAUAUUCGUUGGAGGGCAUGCACAUGCAUAACAAAAAUGGGAAGACCGACCCAUCCCUCAUCAAUGGCAUCGGCAGUGACAAGGGCAAUCGCAACGACAAUAGGAACGACAAUCGCAACGACAAUAGGAACGACAAUCGCAACGACAAUAGGAACGACAAUCGCAACGACAAUAGGAACGACAAUCGCAACGACAAUAGGAACGACAAUCGCUACGACAAUAGCAACGACAAUCGCUACGACAAUAGCAACGACAAUAGCAACGACAAUAGCAACGACAAUAGCAACGACAAUCGCAACGACAAUCACAACAGUUUGAACAGCAGGGUGAAUAAAAAUGCAAACAGGGCGAAUGUACAUUCUUACAGAUCCAAGAGACACAUAAAAAAGGAGCAGAAAAAAUACUUAAAAAUUUUAAUGAACCCAGAUAACAUAACAACUCUCACACAAAUAAUUGAUUUCUGUCUGAACACAGAUUGGAAUGUAUUACAAAAAAAAACAAAUAAUAAAAAUUUUAAGGACAAAGGCGUAGGAGGUAUCAGAAUAGUACCAAAACCACAAAAAAUACCGAAAAAACAUGAACAAAUUAUUAGUAUUUUUUUUUUUCAAUGGAUCAAAUUAAUCAAUAUAAAAAAUGUAGAUAACCCAAAUCAGAGUUAUGUUAAAUUUUUUCAAAAUAUAUCAAAUCAGGGAUUAUUAAGAAUUGACAAAAAUACAGAUAAUUUUUUUUCCGUAUGUAUUUAUAAAGCUGUAGAAGGUACACGUACUAUAACACUCAACCCAUACACUAAUACACCUGAAAUGGAAAAGGAUAAAAAUGGUUCAGAUGAAUUCCAUAUUUCAAACAACAAUGAUUCGUAUUUUCCAGGAGAUGCAAAUUGUAAACACACAAACAUGGACCCCCAAAAAAAAUCUCAAAAGGAAGAAGCUCCAAAUGAAAAAAAUACCCCAAGCCAAGUAAAUCUUGUGAAAACAGAUAAUAACAACGUUAAUGAAGUAUGCAUUCCUGACAGUACAUGUAAAGAUGGUUCAAAAAAUGAAGAAGUAUUAUCGAGUUCUUGUAAAAGCAAAAUGACAAAAAAAAAUUCUCAAGAAGAGAAACCAAAGCGAUUUGAUGUAAAAACAGAACAGUUUGACGUAAAAACAAAAAAUUUAGAAAAAAAUUAUAAUGAUGAAAUAAAUGAACAAAGAGAAAAAAAUAAUGCCAGCAGUGAAUAUUCGGAAGAUUCAAAUGAUGAAAGCUCCUCAUACGUCGCAUCAACAAAUUUAACUUUUUAUUCAAACAUGUCAUAUUCGGAGCAAUCCCUUUCUGAAUGUGAAGAACAGUACAAUGAAUAUUCAAGAAAAAACAAAGGUAAUAUAAAUCAUAUGCAAAUAAAAAAAAAUGAAAUGUUAAGGAAUCUAUCCUCAGCAAUUAGUGAAUCGGCAGGCAUCGAGAUCAUGUUAGAAUCGGAUAAAGAAUUUAACAAAUCAGAAGCUAAUUUUGAUAUUAAUAGAGGAGGAGGAGAAGAAGAAGAAAGAGGGUAUCACGACGCAAGUCAAAAUAAAACAGCCUCUCCCAUGAAGAAAUGCAAUAAUCAGGACAGAAAUCAGAUCAUCUUAGAUGAAGAAAAAGUGAAUAAAGAGGAGGAAUGCAAAAUGGAAGAAGAUGAAACUGAGGGAUCAGAGGAUACUGCAGAUGGUACCGAUGUUGAGCUAGAGGAACUGGAAGAUGGAGAAGUAGAGGUAGAACAAGAUGGAGAAGUAGAGGAAGAGGUAGAGGAAGAAACAGAGGAAGAGGUAGAGGAAGAAACAGAGGAAGAAGUAGAGGAAGAAACAGAGGAAGACGUGGAAGAGGAAGACGUGGAAGAGGAAGACGAGGAAGAGGAUGACGAGGAAGAGGAAGACGAAACAGAUAUUGAGAGCGACGAAGAAGAAGACGAAACAGAAAUUGAGAGCGAAGAAGAAGAUGAAACAUAUGAGACGCGCGAAACGGAUAUCGAGCAUGACUGUUAUAGUAAUGAGAGUUACGAGGUGGAGGAAGAAUUGGAAGAAGUGAACAUUGAGGAGGUGAACGAUGAUGAGGUGUACAGUGAGGAGGUGAACAUUGAGGAGAUGAACAUUGAGGAGGUGAACGAUGAAGAGAUGGACAGUGAAGAAAUGAAUCACGUCCUUUUUGACAAAUCUGACGACGAUGAUAUCUAUUAUGAUGAAGAGGAUUUGCACGAUUGCGAAGACGUAGAGGGAGAAAAUGCGACGAGGGGAAACAGCUGGAAUGACAAAUCAAAAGCAAAGUUGGAAAAAAAUUCUCAGCUGAAGGACGCAAUUGAUACCAUAUCACUGGAUGCGCUGGCAAAAAUGAUUAUAUGCAUGAUGAAAUUAGUUGACACGCAGCAAAUAUCUCCUUUCAUUCUGUUUCAAAAAGUGAUGAACAUGUUUUGCAGAAUUGUAGUACGGGAAUCAAGAAGGAAUUCUGGGAACUUCAAUCAAAGACCAUACUUCCGAUUAUUUUUAUCAAUACUAAUUGAGAUAAAUAAAAAUGAAAAACACUUUGAAUAUUCAUAUAAUAAAUUAAUUUUAGCAUUGGGAUAUUAUUUAUGUAUUCUGAAUCCACUACGUGUCCCAACAUUCAUUUUUGCAUGGCUAGAAUUGAUUAGUCAUAAAUUAUUCUUACCAAAAAUAUUAAAAACUUCCAAAGGAUGGUGCAUAUACAACAAGUUACUAAUUUAUUUAUUAGAAUUUUUGUAUGUAUUUUUAAAAAAUGCUUAUUUAACCCCAUCCAUUAAAAUACUAUAUAGAGGAACACUAAGAACAUUGUUAAUAUUAUUACAUGAUUUUCCAGAGUUUUUAUGUGUAUACAAUUUUUCAUUUUGUAAUUCCAUACCAUUAAAUUGUGUUCAGUUGAGGAAUUUAAUUUUAUCAGCAUUUCCAAGAAAUCUCAAAUUACCUCAUCCAUUUUACCCAAAUUUGAAGGUUGACUUACUACCAGAGAUGAAAGUGGUACCAGUUAUUUUAAACAACUUUACAUUUAUACUCAUUGAUUAUAAAAUAAAAAAAGAUGUAGAUGAUUAUUUUGUUACAAGAAGUGUUAAAAGUUUAAAAAGAAUUCAUAAAAAACUUAUUGUAAAAAACAAAAUGAAAGCUUUAUAUUUAAAAACAAAAUAUAACAUAUCUUUAAUAAAUGCUCUAGUUCUAUACAUAGGAAUGUCUUUGCCUCCUCAAAUUUUAAUGAUAGAUAAAGUAUCAGAAUCUCAUCCAGCAUUGGAAAUAAUACUUCAUUUGACAUACAAGUUAGAUAUGGAAGGAAGAUAUUAUUUAUUGUCUUCCAUAGCCAAUCAUUUAAGAUAUCCCAAUGCUCAUACCCACUAUUUUUCUUGUCUUCUCCUAUGGAUAUUCAACAUAUCAAAAAUGGAAAUUGUCAAUGAACAAAUAACAGGAAUUUUGUUAGAACGUUUAAUAGUACAUAGACCACACCCUUGGGGAUUAUUAAUAACAUUUAUUGAAUUAAUAAAAAAUCCAAUUUUUAAAUUUUGGAAUUGUUCCUUUGUUCAUGUAUCUCCAGAAAUAGAAAACUUGUUUCAAUCCAUAGCCCACUCUUGUUUAGUUAACCAGAUGGAGCAUUUCACUUCUGGUUUGGGUUCAAAUGUAAGUGCUGGAUCCACUGGUAUCAACCCAAGUAACACAAAUACGAAUCUAAAUACAAAUACAAGUACAAGUACUAGCGCUAUAAAUUUGACAAAUGUGAGGAAUGGCAUCCCACACAACAAGGACAGAAGCAGUAUAGAUGUAAAAAAUUUCACCCGUGCAAAUGAUUUAAAUUUCAAUAAAAUAUUUCCAAACAUGAGUCAUAACAAUCAUAGUAAUACGACCACUAAUACACACAACCUAAUAAACCAAAGCAACGUAAACAUGAAUGAAAACACAAGUAUGAACUUGAACAGCAACUUUGCAAAUAUCACCAACAUUGAUAUAUUAAGAAAAGCAAUUAAAAAUAAUUAUAUAAAUGGAAACAUCACCAAACCUAACAACUACACGAAUAUACAUCAACAAUCUCACAAUGUUUCAUCCAAUACUGUAAAAAGAUAUCCCAAUUACAAUGGAAGAAAUGCGAGUGAUAUGGAUAAUCAAAUCUCCCAAAACCAUGCCUCACAUAUCAACUGUCUUAACAGUUCCUCCAUCCUAUCUCAUGCUAUAGUAGAAGGAAAUAAGCAUAAUGAAAAUUAUUAUCUCUCUAAUGUGCACAAUUUGAGUGAUAAAAAUAAUAAAAUGUUAGAUACCGAUAGUCAAUACAAUUUUAGCGAAAUGCAAAGGAAUGCGCAAAAUGGAAAUACUAUCUCCAGUGAAAAUGUGAGAAAUGUAAACAUUGUUAGAAAUAUUAAUACAGGCAUGAAUGCAGAUAUAAAUGGGAGAUCUCAUACCAAAUUCAAUACGAACCGCAACUUUAUUACAGCUAACAUGGGGGUAAGUUCACCCAAUCACAAUAUGGAGAAUUUAAUUAAUUUAACCAAUUACUCCAAUCGAAGAACCGUUAGCAAUAAUUCAAACCAUGAUGAAAACCAGUAA